AUGCCUCUUUCACAUAUGCUUCAGAAUGCUCACGAAGAGCUUGUGAACAUUGCCAACGAAUGUAACAAACUGUCCCGUCAGAAAUAUACCGAAGGUGACGUGACAAGAUUGCAAGAAAGGGUCCAAAAUGUCGAUAAGAAGUAUCAUGAGGCCGUCUUUGACGACCGAAAGGACAAGAGCAACCCCGAGGACGAUCCUUAUGAACAUCCUGGUCAAGCUCAGGUGGCCGAUGAAUUGGAGCAAGUCCACAGCACCCUCCAAUCCAUGCUUACUGGCAUGGAGAAUUAA